AUGGAGUUGCCAGCAUGGAGAGCAUCUGCUCUCGAGGCCGCUUCUCAGUCUCUGUUUGAUGAGAGCUCCACUCGAUCCGAAGAUGCCAGUGUAUUACUCGUCUUACUUUCAUUCUUCUCGCCCUGCGAAAAAAUCCCGUUGGACCUUUUUGUACGCGGAUCGACAUCAAGGAAGCGCUGGACAGUCGAGGGAAAGAUUGAGCUUGUCAAUGCGACCAGGAUUGGACUGGCUCAAGAGUUGGUGGACCUCUUAUCAGAUGCCCAGCGACUUAGACAAGCUGUUGAUGAGCUGUGUCAAUCUGCUGCUGUGCUCAGAUAUUCCGACGGGACGUAUCAUUUGAACGAAGAUAUGUCAGCACGAGUUCAUCGAAGCUUGGCUCCAGAUACUCUACCAUUCUGGAGGCAGCAGGCGUUGGUCGUGGCGUACAGAGCCAUCCCCUGGAAGUAUAUCGAGUUCCCAGACCCUGUGGUUAGAUCAUUCUUGCCACAUCUACACCAUGUCGCCGAGAUGUUUCAAGACUGCUUCGAUGAAUUGCCCACGGCUACCAGAACUGACUUUAUGCUUACACUCAUCGAGGCUUUCCGUUUCCCAGAUAUGGCCUGGAAGUACUUUGCAAUUGGCCAAGCGGAGUUGGCUGCUGGGCGUUUAAAAGACACCCAUCUCCGCCUUUGCAUCGGGCAGACUAAAGCAGUGCUGGGUCGCCUGAGUGGGAACAUGGACGAGGCUGUCAGUAGUCUCCAGGAUCUUGUAUUAAACGACCCGGCUACCGUUAUAAGUAAGCGAAUACGGUGUGAAGUUGGCGUUGCCAUCAUCCAACGCUCUCUAAACUGUAUUCAGAUUGCAAAUCUUUCGACGGCACAGAAAUUACUGGAGGACUGGAAUCCCCAUGAUGCGGACCCAUCACCGUUGGAGAAAAUUCUUAGCUUCCGCAAAUAUUCGCUGCUGGGAAGAGUUAUGCGUUUGCAAGGUAACUUCGACAAGGCAUUGAAGCUUCUCAAGGCAGCACACCAAGCAUCGCGGAUGCCGAGCGAGCUCGUUUUCGACGAAGAUCUCCGCGACCUCACAUGCGAUCUUGCCGAUACUUUGCGAGAACUCGAUGAGCCCGUGGCUGGUGAGGAAUAUCUCCGUGCAGAGAUUAUACGGCGAACCGAGAGACCAGAUCCAUUGCCUGGUAAAUCGCUUCUGGAACUAUCUUUGGCCGAGGCUCUCUUUGCUCAAGAACGAUACGAAGAGACGAAUGAAAUAUGUGUCGACGUUGAGUCACGAGCGAGUCUCCUCAAGUAUGAGAGGCUGCGCGUAAAUGUUAUCUUGGCAAAGCUGUCACAUAUGAGAUCGGAGUUUGAGGCUGCGUUAUCACGAUGGAGCGAAGCAAUGCAGGCAUUGCAGGAAUUUUCCCUAGUAGAUGGACAGGUGCAGAACAUCAUCUCUGCGUCGAUGGCUGAUGUCUUGGACGCUCAAGGUCACAAUUGGUUAACUAAGGAAUCCCCCCGAAAGGCUUCGUUGACAGAAUUGGCAAAACCGGAGGGCGUGCCAUAUUGGAUUGCUGGUUUUCGACAAUGGGCAGAUUACCUUCAAUCUAGGGGCACCAAGUGUUGUGAUGAUUAA